GAGCUCGCCCAGGGCUUGGCCGCAGCCCCCCGCAACCCAAGCGGGCCGGGCAGAGCCGCUCUCCCUCCCGCCCCACGCCCCGCACGGCCCCUCGGGCUCGGGGGGCUCUCCUCCCUCGGGGGACGAUGCCCUUCGGGACGAAGCUGCCCUGCAGCUCCUCCGCCGCCCCACGCCCGCCCCGGGGCAGGCCCCAGAAGCGUUCACAUCCCGCGCCCGCUCCCUUCCAUUUCCUGUGCAGCUUCUCCUUCCCCUUCUCCCGCCGCCGGAGCCCCGCGGCCGGGCAGUGCCCAUGGCUUGGCGAGCCGCUCUGGGGGCUCAGCUCCUGCUCGGGCAGCUCAGCCUCAUCCCGCUGCGGCUCCCGGGUGCGGGUGCCCAGGUGACGACUCUGAGCUUCCAGCUGUGGCAGCCCCAGGACAAGGUGUCAGUGACAGUGGGGGAGAUGCUCACCCUGACCUGCACCACGUCCAGCGACAGGCCUGCUGGCCCCGUGAAGUGGCUGAAGGGCUGGGGCAGUGAGAACCAGACCAUCUAUGGCCAGACGGGCUCCUUCGCCCGCGUGACGAGGGGGGAGAAUACGUCCAACACAGACUUCAGCAUCCACAUCAGGGAUGUUCAACCCGAGGAUGCCGGCACCUAUUACUGUGUGAAGUUCCAGAAAUUAUUCCCGGAUGGUGAGGAGCUGUUACAGCGUGGAAAAGGCACAGAGGUGUCUGUACACGAGGCAACCCCGGUUCCCACCAUGGUGGCUAUAGCUGUAGUGCUCUGCUUCCUCCUCCUCGGCCUCUUCGUCGCCUGUUGCAUGUACAGGAGGAAGCACAGAGGCGAGGCACAGAGCCCAGCCAGGCCGGCGGCCAUGGGGGGCUUCUCACCCAUCCCUCUGCAGUGCUGUGCACGGACCCCCGGUACCCCCAGCAGCGAAGUCCUGGAUGCAGAGAGCUCACAUCUGGCCAACCAGCAAAACAGCAAGGAGGACAACUACAUCCACUACGCCGAUCUCCAGCCCCUGCCCUCUGCCCGGCGGCACGUCAGGAGCCCCGACGCAGCCGGCUCCGAGUACGCCAGCGUCAGGGUGGCUGCCAAGUGAUGCCUGGCACCGCGGCCUGCGAGGCUGAAGAGCCCGUUUUGGGGGAGGAAGCAGGGACAUUUCUGCAGGACACAAUAAAGAAGAAGUGGAUCUGUUUGCAUAGCACACCCCGGGCUGAGCUUAUCACGCUCAGCAAAGAUCCCCCUCAUUCGUUCCUGAUCUUGGUGGCCACAGUGGGCAGGGUGAGGCUCAGGGCCGGACCUGCUGUGCCAGGGCUUGGCAGCAGCUCUGCCAGGACCCUGUGGCCAUCUCGAGCACAGGAUCAGGCCAUGGGGCUGAGCACCUCUGCCUUGUGGAAGCCGUGUGGUGCCAGUUGCUCCAGGAGGAGGUCUCAAACGUCUGUCUCCACCAGCACGGGCCACCACCGGCACUUUCUUGGCUCAGCAGGUUCAUAAUUUGUGUUAUCUUGUCAUGGCAUCAAGCCCAGCCUCAUUAAAGCCAGCAAACAGCCA